AUGACAUUAGAGGGAAAGACUCCUGUUUCUCCAAAUGUCGAACAUGGCCUGACCCCUCCAGAGCCUGAUACAUUUGGGCCGAUCAGACACUGCACCGAAGAACAUUUCAGGAUCUGCCUGAAAAGUACGCCAAAUAUGCAGGCGGCACCCCCGAUGGCGGGUUCAAAGCCUGAUGCGGAAGUAUGGGUCGAUGCUUGCCACGUUUUGCACGUAAGCAUACCCUACAUGAUUAUCAUUGGCGUCCAUCACAUAUGGAGCUCACCAUCCACUUCAGCUUGGGGUAUGUCAACAUGUGGGGUAUAUUUCAAGAUUAUUAGGAGCAGGUGCUUUUACCCGACGAAAGUUCAUCCAAGCAUGGAUAGGAUCGGUUCAGGCAGGUCCCGAUUCACUUCUCAGCUCGUCGUCGCUGCCGCUCACGUCCCUCGUCCUAUCGCUGCGGGCCUUCUCACGGGUUUGUUCAGCGGGAUCAUCCUCCCACAAGCCCUUAGCGUCGUGUCUCAUUGGUUUGGCAAGAAGAAAGGAAUGGCCCUUGGCAUAGUAUCUGCUGGCUCGUCGCUCGGAGGCACACUGUUCCCCGUCGCAGGUCAAAACCUUAUACCUCUUAUAGGGUUCAAGUGGACUGUUCGCUUGUUCGGAUUUAUGAUGCUUGUCACCCCGGAAUUUCCAAUCUUUGCUACGGCGGUUGGCGUGUCGAACAACUUUUCAUUCUAUCUCGCCGCGAUCGCAAACGCAGCAUCCGGGUUCGGUCGGUUGUCUGCCAGCUUGCUCGCCGACCACAUUGGUCCUCUCAAUGUUAUGAUACCAUUUACGAAUCUGGUCGAUAUUGUCACCUUCGCUUGGCCAUACGCUUCGAGUCAAGGGCAGCUGAUUGCUAUAUCGGUGAUAUACGGCUUCGCCUGUGGGACUUAUGUUUCCCUCUUCAUUGUUCCCCCUAUGGCAAUGGCUGACAUGGGUACGUCGAUAUCAGGCGCAAUCAAUGCUCGGGCGGGGGGUUUCCGAGAUCCAGGGUUUUACUCCGUUUUGGAGGCCUAUCGAUAUUCAACCGUUGCAGGUGGCGUUGUCUUAUUUUCGUUUUUGCUGCUCCUUGUGGACGUAACCGAGGACGCAGAUGAAAAGAAGCAUGGAGACUUACAUUCCAAGUGCAACAAGCUUAGGAGAGCAGCCAAAAGGGCACUGCAGCAGCAGCAGUGCAGGCAGGGGCAGCAGACUCCUGAGGUGGCGAUGCAGGAGGAGCAGAUUCCCGAGGUGGCGGCGCAGGGGGAGCAGACUCUCAAGGUGGUGACGCAGGAGGAGCGGACUCCCGAGGUGGCGACGCAGGGGGAGCAGACUCUCGAGGGGGAGCAGAUUCCCGAGGCGACGAUGCGAGCGCAGCAGACUCUCGAAGUGGCACCGUGGCAGCAGAUGCCCCUGGCAGCGACCCCAUGGCAGCAGAUGCCCCAGGCAGCGACGCCGUGGCAGCAGCAGUUCCAGGCAUUGACGCCAUGGCAGCGGAAGUUGGCUCUGGACAAGAUAGAGCAAGAGACGCUUAAGACAGGCGAGCAACUCCGCCUGGAAGAGGUCAGAUUCCAAUCGCUUUUGGCAAAAUUCCAAGAAACUCGUGAAUCCACCAUGAGGGCCUCUUGCCAAACCGCCGCUGAGGCUAAGAAGAUGUUGGGAUUCUUGGAGUGCAUCUCCUGUAACGCAGAGACGUGGGAUACGUGA